AUGGUUGGUGUCACAACGGAGAAUGCGCGGGAAGUGAUGGAGAUGGGUGAUGGCCGUGUCGGAAGAGGACGAGGACGGAGGAGAUGGCGAGUGCCUCUGCUCAAGAAAGUGAGGGAGGAGGCGCGGGAGAACAUUAAGCACAGUCGGAAGAUCGCAAUCGAACCUGACGGUGAUAUCGAUGCCAAAGUCGGCGCAUUACAAAUUCGGGCGAUGGGUGUGGCUAUGCUUCUUGAGGCGCCCUUCGAACCAUCUCGGCGCCAGAAGAAUUCAGUCCUGCUAGCAAUUGACUUGACUACGGCGGUUGCUGAUGAAGCUAUCCGGCGCCAGGACUCUGUUGUUGUUGCCUACCAUCCUAUCAUUUUUCGCGGCUUGAAAUCCAUCACUCUUGGUGACACACAGCAGCGAUCUUUACUCCGCCUGGCCCAGCAUGGUAUCAGCGUCUACUCGCCACACACCGCUGUUGAUACCGUUCCUGGCGGAAUGGCAGACUGGUUGUGUGAUGUAGUUACUGGAUCUUACCAGCAAGUUCUAGCUGAGCCCUCCUCAAUCAAGGGAUGUGCCUCGCGCUUGUACUCCGCACCUACCUACCCACAGUCGAAACUUGUUCCUACUACUCAAUCAAAUGGUGACCCUCAGCAAGUUCCUCACACACGGUCGACCAUUCAUCCGUCGCCCCCAAGCUCUAUCCCUGAAGGAUUUGAAGCUGCAGGAGCUGGCCGUCUGGUUACUUUUGAGGAGGCUCAGCCCCUGACGACGCUGAUCGAUCACAUCGGCCGUGGCGUCGGUCUACCAGGUGGAAUCCCAAUUGCUCUCCCCCAGGGACAGUCAAUUGACGAUAUUCGCAUUCGCACAGUGGGAAUGUGCCCUGGUUCAGGCUCUGGUGUGCUGCUCCGUGGCAGUGAUGAUAUUCCUGAUCUCCUAUUCACUGGAGAAAUGAGUCACCAUGAAGCCCUCGCCGCUACGGAACGCGGAUCAGUUGUCAUCUCGCUUGCACACUCCAAUUCGGAGCGAGGUUACCUGCGAGCAAUCAUGCAAAGCUUGCUCCAAAAUGAAGUCUCACAGCAGUGGAAAUCCGAUCGGGAUGCAGCUGUUAAAGCAUUCCAAGACAAUGCAAAGCAGGGCGGAGCUGCUCCUUCAUCGUCUUGCGAGGAAAUUUACAAGGAUUCAACGGUGGAGGUCUCUGUUAGUGAGGCUGACCGUGAUCCUUAUGGAGUCAUGAUUUGGAAAGCUUGA